AUGCACGACCUGAGAAAGCAGGUUCUCCUCGAGAGCAAGAAGACGACGUCUCGCAAGGCGCGAUCCAAGGACACAUCGCCGCCCCUCAGCGGCAACGGCUCAGCGACAGCUUCUCCGAGGGGGUCACGCGUCGUCAGUCGCGCACCCUCAGAUGACGAGAGCGAGGUUAGCGACGGCACCGAAGCGACAUCCCACAGCGUCGACGCGUUGGGAGACGCGGAGAACGAGGUUGAGGAUGACACCUGGAUCACGAGUCUGGAACAGCGCAUCGAGGCGUUGGUAGAUCGCAAGCGUAGCUCUACAGAGGGCAGAGAAGAGAUGAUCAAGAGCAUUAUCGCGAUCUUGCGGAAGCACUUUGCUGAGGCGGAGCUUCGGCGCAAGAUGGACGAGCUAUUGCCUGCUCUGCUCAAGAGCGUCAAGAGCGGACAGUCAGAGGACGAGAUUGUGUUGGCGUUGAAGACCCUGGCUUUGAUUGUCAUCACCGAACCCUCCGACGCCAUCUUCGAUGCAUUAGAGGGUCCCAUCAAGCACAUCAUGAACGACUCCGAAUACCCUGGUGCCAAGGUCGCAGCUAUCCGCGCGCUCGGCAUGGUGACGUUCUAUGGCGGUGCCAGUGAAGAGGGUACUUUGGAAGUCAUGGAGCUUUACCUGGACAUCAUUUCUUCUGACGGCGCUGUCAUCGACGAGACAGACAACGGCAAGGUGGUUGUUGCAGCACUUGAGGAGUGGGGGUUUCUCGCGACUCAGAUCGAGGACAUCCAGGAAUCGAACGAGGCAGCCAUGGAAAUCUUCGCCGACCAACUCGAGAGUAGUGAUGUUGCUGUCCAGAUUGCUGCAGGAGAGAACAUUGCGCUGCUAUACGAAAAGAGCUACACAGAAGCCGAAUCCGGUGACGAGCCGAAAGACGACGAUGGCUCUGAUGGUGAUGGCAUUCGCAUGGUGAAGCGUUACGAUGUCUAUCGGCAGAGCCGGAAACUGGAGCAGACCCUAGAGCGAAUGGUCAAAGAUUCCUGCAAGAGCAUCGCGAAGAAAGACCGCAAGCAGUUGCAUGUCGCGUUCAGAGACAUUCUCAGCACCGUCGAGAAGCCUACGCGUGGUCCUCGGUACAGUACUGCAACAGACAUGGAGGACCGCGAGUAUGGUUCCAGGAUGAAGGUGACCAUCCCUGGAGGUGGUAAAAUGGUCAUCAACAAGUGGUGGAAGUUACACCGACUCAACCGCAUCAAAGGCCUGUUACAGAAUGGCUUCAUGGUCCAUUAUCAGCUCAACCAGACCAUCUUCGACAGUCUGCCAGUCAUGGUCGAACGCCGGUGA